AUGGCCGUGUGUGGCUCCAAAGAAGAGGAAGCGGCACGUGCGGCGCUGUACGGUGGCCCGAGGGACAGCGGCUGCUCUCUGAGCUCUAAAUCCAGCAGUGCCCGGGAAGCUGCAGCGACAGUGGUUUCUGUAGUCCGAGCCUGGAGAAGGGCGCCCGGCAGCCGGCACCAUGGUGAAGGAGCAGUUCCGGGAGACGGAUGUAGCCAAGAAAAUGAGAACUUGAAUCCCUUAGUUGUUCUGAAUUUGUUUAAGCGCAUCCCCGCUGAAGAUGUCCCUUUACUUCUGAUGAACCCAGAAGCUGGAAAGCCCUCUGAUUUGAUUCUCACCCGACUUUUGGUGCCUCCCUUGUGUAUCAGAUCCUCUGUCGUGAAUGAUUUGAAGUCAGGAACCAAUGAAGAUGACUUGACAAUGAAACUGACAGAGAUCAUUUUCCUAAAUGAUGUUAUUAAAAAGCACCGGAUCUCAGGAGCCAAGACGCAGAUGAUCAUGGAGGACUGGGAUUUCCUGCAGCUGCAGUGUGCCGUCUACAUCAACAGUGAGCUCUCUGGCAUCCCCCCUCAACAUGGGCCCCAAGAAGUGGACUGGAGGCUUUGUCCAGCUCCUGAAGGGGAAGCAGGGUAGGUUCCUGACAAGAUCUACCUACCAUUGUUACCUACUGAGGGAAUAUAUGUCUGUUCAGAUCCCCAGAAACAGCACAGGGCAUGUUAUGGAACUUAUGGUGUUUUUGAUUUUAAAUUGAUUUAGAGGUAAUCUGUCAGGGAAAAGGGUGGAUUUUUCUGACCAAAUAGUCAUCUCACCUGACCCCAACCUCCUGAUUGCUGAAGUAGCUGUGCCAGUUCAUGUGGCCACAAUUCUAACUUUUCCUGAGAAGAUAAAUACCAUUCAGCUGCCCAGUUCUUUGUUUCCAAUCCAGUAUUUCCAUUUUGAUAGUUCGUGCUACAUAUAGAGGCAAGUCCCCAGAAACCCACACAGCUUUGUGAAAAUAUCUCAUUCCACUUUGUUUAUGUUUUUUUUUUUUAAAUGAGUGCUCUGUCUGCAUGUACAUCUGCAUGCCAGAAGGGGACAUCAGAACCCAUUAUAGAUGGUUGUGAGCUACACUGUGGUUGCUGGGAAUUGAACUUAGGACCUCUGGAAGAUCAGCCAGUACUCUUAACUGCUGAGCCAUCUCUCCAGCUCAUUCUACUUUGUUAAACACACACAACCUCUGUAACAUCUACACUGGUACAGUCAUAGCUGUAGCUGGAGGUUGUUGGGUUUUCAUUUGUUUGUUGAAGAGGUAGAGAUCCAGCCUGGGACCAUGUGGGCCAGGCAUGUAAGCACUGGACCACUGACCUACACCCUGCUCCACAGACCAUAAAUGGAAUCUCACUGACCCUAAGGAGACAAUUCUUGUAAAAUAGCUAUAUUCAAUAAUAGGUUUAUUUUUAAGUGUUCUUGGUUUUUGUUUGUUUGUUUGUUUGUUUGUUUGAGACAAGGUCUCUCUCUAUGUAACUGUCUGUCCUGGAACUUACUAUGUAGAACGAGGUGGCUUUGAACUGACAGAGCUCUGCCUGCCUCUGCCUCUCAAAGGCCUGUGCCACCAUGCCUGGCUCAACUUUUUAAGUUUUUAAAGGGGUGAUGGAUAAAGUACUUAAGUUACUAUCUUUGUAUUCUGAUCUUAUUUUUAGUGUAUGUGUGUGCACACAUGCAUGAGUGUGAGUGCACAUGUCCUAGAGUGUGCAUGUGGAGGUCAAAGGACAAAUUUCAGGAGUCAGUUCUUCCCACACUGAGUUCUACUGAUGGAGCUUAGGUCCUCAAACCUGCUGGCAAGUGCUUUUACCAAACCAAUGAGCCAUCUCACCAGCUCUUACCAUAUCGCUGUCAGUUAGAGACAGGUGCAAAAGAAAAAAGAAAGCAUUUUUAUAUCUGCAAAAGAAUCUGCUGUUUGCUUUUAUGCAUUUUAAUUUUCUUUUUUCCCUAAUGUUAGAGAUGAAACUGGGGCCUCAUAGCUGGGAGGUCAACUGACCUCAUCCUAAGCCCAUUCAGCAGUGUUUUAAAACAAAAGGGCAUGCCCAUCUACCUCAGGCUUUCCCCACACACCAAACCCACUCAGUCCAUGAUCAGUUCAGUCAGUGUCACCUAGCCAUUCUGGUUUUCAUAGUUUGGUGAUGGGAGCAUUUGAGAUGAGUGACAGUUUUUGGGGUGUUGUCUUUGAAAUGAUUCUUGUAUCAUGCUUGCUGUUUAUUAAUGCAUCCAUUUCACAUUCUAUGCUGCAGCUUUUUUCCCUAUUGACAAUACUUUCAACACCUUUGUUAGUUUAAUCCUCACAUUCUAAAGUAUUUCACUGAAAUCAUUUUCCUGAAGUGUUAUUUAAAAAUAUUUAAUAAAAUAAGCAGUGCUCCAAUUUGUUUGUACAUUUUG